GGUGGAAAAGCUGUUCGUCUAUCUGGAAUAUUUAAUAAAUUAAACUACAGAGUUCGCAAGGCAUUAUUUGUAAAAUCAGUCAAGUGUUCCUUUAGCACAACACAUUGCAUCCUUAAGUCUGAGGGGGUGCGUGUUGCCAAUAUGCAUUUUCUGAUUCAGACAGUUGCUCGAGAUAUCCCUGUUGCACCUGAAAAGUCUGCUGCUGCAUUGAAAAACGAGAAUCCAACAGUUUCAUUGCUAGAGCAGAAAGAAAUAUAUCUUCUUCCUACUGUACGGAUGACCAAUAUGUUGCAUUCUGAGAUAGAUGUCCUUCUAAGUGAAACAGAUCAGUUGAACCUGGUUGAGUAUGACAAAAUUGGGAAGCAGGCGGUUAUAUCAUGUGGUUCAACAGUUGAUUUUUAUGCCAAUCCAGAAGUUAUAUUCUUCACUGUUACUUUAACUUCUUCUAAAUCAAGUUCCAAGCCGCUAAAUAGUGGGGAUUAUGUAAAGAAGUUUCUGAAGCAGAAGAAUGAUGUCCAACAUCUGGAUAUAAAAUUGGACUUCGAUGGAGGAAAAUUUUUUGCAACCUUGAGGUUGUAUCGUGGAAAAAGGGGCGUACUAGAGGUUGUCAUUUUUACAUCCUAUUCUGUGAAGAAUGAUACAGACUUCCCCAUAUAUGUUCUUGAAACUAAAAGGUCACCUUUAUCCAGAAUUGAACUAGAGAAUUUAAAUCCGAGCAUUCCUUCAGAGCUAGGGUUAUGUUUGCCUCCAAAGUCAACUAGUUCAUGGUUCUUGAAAUCUGAAAGAGUGCUACUGAAAUUGCUGGAGGACCAUACAUCAGAGGCAUUACUUGACUUGGGUUCUUUAUCAGGCCUUACAGAAAUAAGCUUUGAGAAAGAAGAGGGAUCUGGGAUUAAAUAUGUAACAAAGCUUGGAGUUUCUAUAGGUCCUCCUUCAGGAGAAAUUGUUGUGCCAUCACGAAUGGUGACUUUGGUUCCACGGUAUGUUAUUUGCAACGAAUCUGAAGAAUGUAUCACUGUUCGCCAAUACUAUUUUCAGGAUGAGGUGGCAGGUGUUAUCUCCAUCAACAGCAAACAGCGAAUGCCACUACAGCUGAAGGAAGGGUUUAAAAAGACAAGAGAGUUCAGUGUAUUUGAGCAUUUUAUUAGAAAGCACAGAAGCUCCAGUGACAAUUCCUUGUUAUAUAUUCAGAUUCAACUAAAUGAGGCUGGAUUGGGAUGGUCUGGGCCAGUCUGUAUAGCCUCGCUAGGACAUUUUUUCCUGAAAUUCAGAAAACAGACUAAUGAAGUUACAAUGUCAGACAACAAAAUGACACAAUUUGCAGCUGUGCAUGUGGUGGAAGAAGGUUCUACUCUUGUUUCAAGGUUCUACAACCCACCAAAUAUGAGUCUGCCUUACCGAAUUGAGAAUUGUUUGCAUAGUCUGUCAAUAACUUACUAUCAAAAGGGUUUGUUGGAGCCAGAGGUCCUUGGACCUGCAUGCAGUGCUGAUUAUGUGUGGGAUGAUUUAACUCUUCCUCGAAGACUGGUUAUCCGCAUCAAUGAUAGCCUUCAAUUACGAGAGAUUAAGUUGGAUAAGGUGCGAGCAUGGAAACCUUUUCACAAACUUGAGCAACAGAGGGUAUUGGCUCCACGUUUGCUUGUAGACAAAAGAUCAAGAGAUCGGAUGAUGAGUUUCAGUGAGCAUAAUAGCCUGGAAAUGAAAAAAGUGGGGUAUGAAAUAUAUGCAGAGGGUCCAACCCGAGUUUUGCGGAUUUGUGAGAUCUCUGAUAGUUUCAAGAGAGAUACUGUUCUUGAUUUGUGUGCAAAGAUUCAAUUGAGAGUUUCUCAGUUUGCAGUUCACCUACUUGAACAUGCAAUACAGGAGGAAGAUAACGAGUGCAAUGAUUUUACACCAAUUGUAAUUGCAAAGCUUGGGAAUCUGCACUUGAUUACUGUUUCUAAUAAUCACCAGACAUAUAACCAGUUCAGUUUACAGUACAUGAAUUUGGAGCUUAAGUGGAAUGGAGCUCCUUUUGCAUCAAUGCUUCGAAAGCAUCAGUUAGAUUUGAGUGACUCAAGUGAUAGCGUACUUAAGGUUGUUUUUGUUCUACUUACGUCAAGUUCCAAUGUUAAGCAAUUUAGAUACUCGGCAGUUUUUCUUCAGCCAAUUGAUUUGAACCUUGAUGAGGAGACACUAAUGAAAAUUGCGUCAUUUUGGAGAACGUCUCUUAAUGACUCAGAGAGUCAGCGGAUUUACUUUGAUCAUUUUGAAAUCCAUCCAAUAAAGAUCAUUGCAAACUUUAUCCCUGGGGAAUCACGUUCGAGUUACAGCUCAACACAGGAGGCUCUGAGGUCCUUAAUUCAUAGUGUGAUUAAGGUACCUCCCAUAAAAAAUAUGGUAGUAGAAUUGAAUGGGGUCCUGAUUACCCAUGCUCUGAUAACAAUGCGUGAAUUAUUUAUUAAAUGUGCACAACAUUAUUCAUGGUAUACAAUGAGGGCCAUAUAUAUUGCUAAAGGAAGCCCCUUGCUUCCCCCAGAUUUUGUUUCUAUUUUUGACGACUUGGCUUCAUCAUCUCUUGAUGUCUUCUUUGAUCCGUCUCGUGGAUUGGCAAAUCUUCCAGGAUUCACCUUAGGUACUUUUAAAAUUAUAAGUAAAUGUAUCAAAGGUAAAGGUUUUUCAGGGACAAAACGGUACUUUGGUGAUUUAGGGAAAACUUUGAGAUCAGCAGGCUCCAAUGUAGCUUUUGCAGCUGUAGCGGAAAUAUCAGACUCUGUUCUGAAAGGUGCAGAAGCAAAUGGUUUCAAUGGAUUGAUGAGUGGCUUUCACCAAGGAAUUCUAAAAUUGGCUAUGGAGCCAUCAGUUUUGGGAACUGCAUUGAUGGAAGGUGGUCCAGAUAGAAAAAUAUUGCUUGAUCGAAGUCCAGGAGUUGAUGAGUUAUACAUUGAAGGAUAUAUACAAGCCAUGCUGGAUACAGUAUACAGACAAGAGUACCUUAGAGUCAGGGUUAUUGAGAAUCAGGUUAUCCUGAAAAACCUACCUCCAAAUCAUUCUCUUAUCAAUGAGAUCACGGAUCGUGUUAAGGAGUUCCUUGUGAGCAAGGCAUUGCUAAAAGGAGAUCCCUCAGCCAGAUCUCGCCCUUUAAGCCGUCUUCGAGGAGAAAGUGAAUGGAGAAUAGGACCAACAGUCUCGACUUUGUGCGAACAUCUUUUUGUUAGCUUUGCCAUACGCAUACUUCGGAGGCAGGCGAACAAUUUUAUACUCAGAAUAAAAUGGGGAAAGAAGUCAGAGGUUGGCAGUCAUGCAGAUGUGGCGGAAAACUCUAGUCAAAAAGUGCAGAAAGUGAGUUUCAUUCGAAGAUGGGAUCGGCAAAUUUGUCUUUUCUGGCUUGUUGGCAUAUAUUGAUGGACGUCUAUGUCGUGGCAUUCCCAAUCCUGUAGCACGGAGAGUAGUUAGUGGUUUUCUAUUGAGUUAUAUUGACCAAAGUGAUGAUGAGUAAUACUAAUAUUGCCUAUAAUUGUAUAGGAUGUCAAGUCCCGCUGGUGCAUGAGAAUA